AUUUGUGAGACAAGUUUUCGCGGCGCAGCAACCCGCGGAGAACAUUCCUGUAGUCCCUUUUGAAGUGUGUCGAGAAAUAAAGGCGGAGGAUGUCCGGUGCAGCUCUGCGGUUGAUCCGCUGUCGGAGGCUGAGCACAGCUGGACCUGGAGUGAAGAAAGUGCUUCAGUCAAAACAUUUAAGGAAGGUUGCUAAGGUAACUGGGGCAGUUGUCUCGGGGGGCUGUCUUUUUAUCACUUACGAAGUGGUGGCCUUGGACAAGGCUGUGACCAUUGACACCAGUGCAAUUCUUCAGGAGAAGUACAAGUCUUACAUCUAUCUUAAAGCCACUCCCUCAGAUGAAAAGGAGAACCUCACUGCAGGGCUUACACACAAAGCAAGGAGGGAACUUCAUAAAGCAGCAAGGCGGUUCAUGGAAAUAUCAUCUAGGGUUUUGCUGCAAUCACUAGACGAGCACUUCAGCCAUGUUGAUGCAGACCCACACGAGGUGGCAUUAUGGGUCUUACUGAAGAGAACAGGGUCAGCCAAUAAAGCCAUCAGACUACAAGCUGUUCAGGAGCUUGCAGAAAAUCACCACUGGCACGACUACCAGUACCAGACAGCAGCCCAGGUUAUAGACCAGCGAACAGCAGUGGGCCUGGCCCGGACUCCUCAGGUAGACCUUCGAUUCUUCCUGCGCUCACCUGCACUGCCUCACCUGGAGGAUGGUUUGUCGGCAGAGGAUGGACUGAGGCAGCUGCUGGCGUCUCUGCCUCAGUCUGAGGUGGACAAAUGUGUUCAGUACUUUACCUCACUGGCCCUCAGAGAGAGCACCCAGUCCUUGGCAGCACAACGGGGUGGUCUGUGGUGUUUCGGAGGUAAUGGGCUACCUUACGCACAGAGCCUCACCUCGGUUCCCUCUGAGAAGGUGGAAUCCUUCUGCCUACAGGCACUGGUACAGCACUCAAAGGUCCAGAGCCACUGUGACCACAUAGUUGCCAACGGGGGUCUGCAGCUCCUCCAGAGGGUUUAUCAGCUUCGUAAAGACUCCCUGAAGAUUCAGAGGAACAUUGUCCGUAUCAUAGGAAAUUUGGCACUCAAUGAGAAUGUUCACCAGGCCAUAUCCCAGUCCGGCUGGGUAUUGGCCCUGGCUGAGAUGAUGCAGUCUCCUCAUGUCAUGCAGGCGUCUCAUGCAGCCCGCGCUCUGGCCAACCUGGAUAGUGAGGCGGUGAAAGAGAAAUACCAAGACGGCGUUUAUAUCCUUCACCCACAAACACGUGGCAACCAGCCAAUCAAGGCAGACGUGCUCUUCAUCCAUGGGAUUCUUGGGGCAGCUUUUAAGACGUGGAGGCAGAAGGACCCAAAUAUUUCAGACGAAGAGAAAGAGGCAGAAAGCAGGGAGGACUACACAGAGUGCUGGCCAAAGUCGUGGUUGGCUGCCGACUGUCCAAAUCUGAGAGUACUAUCAGUGGAGUAUGAUAGUCACCUCAGUGACUGGGUGGCAAAGUGUCCCGCUGAGAAUCAGAGGAAGUCCUUGGCCUACAGAAGUCGUGAGCUACUUAAGAAGUUAAAACUUGCAGGAGUUGGAGAGAGGCCUGUGGUUUGGGUAGCCCACAGUAUGGGAGGAUUGCUUGUGAAGAAAAUGCUGCUGGAUGCCUCAGAAGACCCAGAUAUGCAAGGACUGUUAAAGAACACCAAGGGCAUUAUGUUCUACAGCGUUCCUCACCAUGGCACCUUUAUGGCAGAGUACUCGGUCAAUGUCAGAUAUCUUCUCUUUCCCUCUGUAGAAGUCAGAGAACUUUGUAAAGACUCACCAGCACUGCGCAGCCUCAAUGAGAACUUCCUGAACAUGGCCAAGGAAAAGGAAUUCAAAGUGCUGAGCUUUGCAGAGACGCUGCCAACAAACAUUGGUCCCAUGAUCAAGAUACUGGUGGUACCACCACAGUCAGCAAAUCUUGGCAUUGGGGAGCUCAUCGAGGUGGACGUAGAUCAUCUCAACAUCUGCAAGCCAGAGAAGAAGGACUCAUUUCUUUACAAGCGCAGCCUUCAGUUCAUCCUGGAAGCACUGCAGAGCUAUAUCAGCCAAUAACUAAAAUAUAUGAACUUAACACACUGAAUAAACCUACUAUUUACUUGAAAUGGGGGGGACCACUGGCACAUAUCCCCUCAAAACUAAAUGAAAACAUAACUGCCUCUCCUUAAUGCACACUGACAUUAACAACCACUAAUGUGAUCAUAAUUUGAUUAGGAAUAUUUGAUAUCUUUUUUACAAAUUGAGCUGUCAGUUGUGAUGAAAACUUUUGCUCUCCUAGUCAUCCUCCUAGAUUGGUCUCUCUCACUAGUGAGUCAGAAUUUUUAAAGAUCAUUUAAAUUUUUUAAGAAUAUGAUUACAAAUGUCAGCUCAUUUAAAUUUAUUGUAGAUUUUAUUCUUUAUGGCACUUUUUUCCUUUUCAUCUUUUGAUUUACCAGCUUCAUUUUUGACACAAUAUGCUCAUACAAUAUUUAGUUAAAUAUGCACUGACAUGUAUUUGCCACACAGGCUCCAUAGUACUUUUGACCAGAGUGGUUUACGUUUUUUUAUUUUGUAAUAAUUCAUUUUAUUCUAACUACAGUAUGCCAGUCAUAUUGUCUGCCAAACAAUUUUCUUCCUGAACUUUACCUCAAAUGGAACUGUAUUAAUAUUAGUUCAGGUUGCUUUAUUUAUUUGUACUGGACUAACCAAGCAAUGGGUUAUACAUCUCCAUGUGUUUCUAGUCCACAUUGCCUCUAGCAAUGCUGACAAUGAAUAAAUAUAUGAAGUUGGA